CUCCCUCCCCCACACCGAGCUCCGCCCCUCACCUCAGUACUGCUCGUCAAACUCAAGCGCACGAACGCAGGAACGACGGACCACAUGCAACAAGCCAAGGCGCCGGCACCGUGGCUGACGGCGACGGCCACUGCCAUGAUCAGCAGCACCGACGACGUGCGGAGGACGGUGCAGGUGAAGCCGGUGGUGGUGGUGGGGCCGCGGGGGUGCUGCAUGGCGCACGUGGCCCGGUGCCUGCUCCUGGGGCAGGGCGCGAAUCCGGCGGUGCUGGAGGUCAGCGACGACGGCGACCCAGCAGCGCUCCUCUUCGCGCUCCAGCCUAAGGACAACAGCACCAAGGUGGCCACCGACGUCGCCUUCCCGGUGGUGUUCAUCGGGGGUAGGUUGCUGGGCGGGCUCGACUGCCUCAUGGCCAUGCACAUGGCCGGCGAGCUCGUGACGCUCUUGAAGCACGCAGGAGCCCUGUGGCUCUGAUCAUCCAUUCUUGCCUUGCAGUUAAUUAGUUAGUAUAUAAACUUCCAUGUGUGUGAGUGAUUUGUUUCCUGUUUAUUCUCGCCAUAUAUGUCCGCAUGCCUAGUAUUGUAGACCUCCCUCUGAGAAACCAAAAUGGCAAAGAAGCCGAGUCUGUUCAUAAGAUGUGCCAAAAGGCCAAAAGGACUUACAGAAACGGACAUUAGUUUGGGUUAGUAAGGGCUUUUAGUUCUAGGUCAUCAACCAGAACUAAUAAUUCGGGACUAAAAGACCCCGUCAUCUCAUCAGUUCUGGUUGACCAUGACUCAGGACUAAUUAAUGUCCUUCCAUGUGGCUGACAGCGUGCUAGUCCUGAUUGGUAUCACCAAUCGGAACUAAAAGC